AUGGAGGUUUUCUUUUCCAUCACCAAGAGAUUUAUUGGGAAUUGCCCCGUUUUUAGGUACCACUCUAGAUGCAGGAAUUUGGGCAUUUCUCAUCUCAUUUUUGCCGACAAUCUCCUUCUUUUUUCCUAUGGGGAUCUUGCAUCUGUUUCCACUCUUAAAAGAGCCAUUGAUCACUUUAAAGCACUCUCGGGUCUUAGCAUUAAUUGCUCUAAGAGUCAACUCUUCCUCUCUGGAGUGGACAGCUCACAUAUUGCCGGAUUUGAGAAUUUGCUUGGAUUUGAUUGUGGUACAUUACCUAUUAAGUAUCUGGGGGUUCCAUUGAUCUCCACUAGGCUCAAGAACUCAGAUUGCAGAGGGCUUGUGGAGAGAAUCACUCGCAGGAUUAAUCAUUGGUCUUCCAAUUUCCUAUCCUAUGCGGGUAGGGUUCAGUUGAUUCAAUCAGUGUUGUUUAGCAUGGUUAAUUACUGGUCUAGUAUUUUUGUCCUUCCAAAGUCAGUUCUUGUUGAAGUGAAUCAAUUGAUGAAGAACUUUCUUUGGACGGGCACUGAUGACAAGCACUCGGGGGCGAAGGUGGCUUGGUUUAAAGUUUGUCAGCCUAAGGAGUGUGGGGCACUUGGGUUUCGUAACCUGGAAACUGCGAAUUUGGCCUCCUCCUUAAGGCAUAUUUGGACUCUACUCUCAGGUCGAAGAGAUAAUCUAUGGGCGGGACUAUGUGAAUCCCACAGGCAAGUUCUAGUAAUUGGAAGAGGAUUCAGCAUCUUAGGGGCUUGGCAAGAACCAUGCUUCGUAGGAGGGUGGGUAAUGGGGAAGAGACCUACUUCUGGGAGGAUUUUUGGUUGGAUGGGGGUCCUUUAUCCCUAA